UAAAAUGGUACAAAAAUAAACUAAAAUAGCUUCUUAGAAAAUAGUAAUUUCUCAAGCAAAAAUUUAGCUAGGACUGUCUGAGAGGGUCCUAAUUGGACGAGCCAAAUUGGAAGCAUGUAUAACCUGAAAAAUAGCUGUUAUUGGCAGAGAGAAGGACAAACUGUCUUUGUUAUUGGCCUAUUAGCUUAUACCAUCUGGUGAUGUCACCAGGCAGUACAAAAACCCCACCCAGCCAAACAAGUUGACAUUUCAGGUGGUCUUUUCAAACAGCUCUUAUACUAAAAUGCAUUAUCAUAAUUUUCACCGUAUUUUUUUCAACCUGUGUGGAAAUAAUAAAAAAAAAAACAGGAAAAUCAUGUGUUUGACUGCACUGCCCCAUUAAACACUGACUCUGUCCUCAAGACUAGAGUUAAGCUACUAGAAUGUUUUAUACCUGUACCUCAGGACAGCAUUUGAAUAUUUAUAUAAACUUAAACCUAUAAAUAGUCAACUCUUAGCUAUAUCACAAUUCCAGACCGCUAUUAGACAUGGGAUCAUCUCUAGUGAUGUCAGCAGGGAAUAGUGUGUGUGUAAUUCCAUGUUUCAAUGAAAAAGGAGCCUGGCCUAAACCAGACUCCAGGGAGAAACACACACAGUUGACAUGGAAAGGGCCCCAGUGCCAGGGAAAGGCUGCUAUUGUCUGGGGAUGUGUGAACCCUGGCUCCACUUCUCACCAUCUGCCUACACUGGGGUGGGGCGGGCUGCCGGUGUGUGUGUCUGCAAUAGUGCGUGUGUGUUUAGCCUACUCCGUGUCAAGACUCUUCAGACUUAUGCCGUCGGUGUAACAAACACACCUUCAGUAGAAUCUACCUAGUCUUAUGUGGUUUAUCAUGCCCGAUUUGCCAGUCCAUAGUUGGCUGCUUUUUCAAGGUCUAGUGAGCGUAUACAUCCUUGACUGACUGCUAUGCUUGACUACAGGAUUUCCAAUGCUUGCCUUUUAAACCACAAGCUCUCCGCUCAGCUAUAGGCCUCGCAUGUGAGAGAGAUUAAUGACUGGGGAGGAGGCCGCUCGGACGUAAUGUGGAAACACUAACGCUGCUUCAGGAUGAAAAAGGCCAAGGUCCCCACACACACACACACACACACACUACCCCUCCACACACACUACCCCUCCACACACACGCACACUACCCCUCCACCCACCCACUGCCCCUCCAGGUUUCCUGAUCUCCAUGACAAUGCCAGUGUUGCUGUGGAGUCUCCAUGGUAAGCCUGGGAAUGUUGGGGGGGACCCCUGUGUUUGUGUGUGGUAGUGGGGGCUCUCCCUCUCUCCCCAGCCCCCCUGUCUGUGUGAUGGAGGAGGAGGGCAGCUGGGGUCUUUGUUGUGAUUGUGAGAGGGCUGUUCUCUGGGGAAGCAGAGGUUAAGACAUGGACUGGACUGGGCUGGGCUGGGCCCCCUCUCAGGCAGGGAGGAAGGCAGGAGUCUCACAUUUUACCAGGCCGAUCUGAAGUCACACACCUCUUGAACUUCACCUACUUGUGUUCCUCACUGCAGUUUGUGUAUUCACUCUCCGCUCAAUAACAAAGUUUCAAAUUAUGUUUGACAAGAGGCUAGCAGUAGCAUUCAUGUCAAACGAAAACAUCUCAAAUGCAGGCUUUUAGUCGUCUUCUGUGACCGUUGGAUUGUGUGCCUAUGCUACUAUCGCUAACUAGCUAAGGCACAUUUGUGAUCGUUCCAUCUUAUGUAGGCGGAGGUCAUUUGAUUAUUUUCAAUACAAAAUCCCACUAGAAGCCCUUGUGAGGCUAGCCUACACCUCCGCUAGCAGUAUCUCACCCUGCCGGCGUGUUUAAGGAAAUGUCUAUCUUUCUUUCAGUGUCUGUCUGGCUUGGUGUAUCCAGCAUCGCCCUAAUGUAUUCUUUUUCUCUCUCUCUUACCCUUUAAUUAUCAUUGAACCACCAACCACCCCUCUCCCUUCUCUUUCGUUCACACCCGCCUUCCUCUCACCCUAAUCGCUUUGUUCCUCCUCCCCUCUCUCCCGCUAUUCUCUCUCUCUCCACGUACCCCCAUUCCUUCAUUCAUUAUCCCCAUAUUUUGCCGCUCAACCUUUUCCUUCCUGUCCGUCUGUUGCCCUUUUCUUCUUCUCUACUUCUUCCCGUCUCUUCUUCUGACUCGUUAUCCAACUUAUGACCUCUCUCCGCCCGUCGUCACAUGCCCAUGCCCCCUCUCCCUGCCCAUCAUCGCAUGCCCAUGCUCACUUUUCUUUCCUCAUUACUCCAUUUAUUUCAUCUCCCAUACCCACAUCCCUACCGUUUCUGCCCUUGCCUAAACUUCCGAUACCCUUUCCCUAAAUUGCCCAUGUCUACCACUGCCCCUCCAGUGCCCAUGGGGCCCUUCCCCCCACCUCUGCAGCAGGUGUUCCAGGCACCCCGCCGGCCGGGCAUGGGCACUGUGGGCAAGCCCAUCAAGCUGCUGGCCAACUACUUUGAGGUGGAGAUCCCCAAGAUGGACGUGUUCCACUACGAGGUGGACAUCAAGCCUGACAAGUGUCCCCGACGGGUCAACAGGGAAGUGGUGGAAUACAUGGUGCAGCACUUCAAGCCCCAGCUCUUUGGCGACAGGAAGCCAGUGUACGACGGCAAGAAGAAUAUCUAUACGGUGCUAGCGCUUCCUAUCGGAAGUGAGAAGGUGGACUUUGAGGUGACUAUCCCCGGGGAGGGGAAGGAUCGUAUCUUCAAGGUGUCUAUCCGCUUCCUGGCCACGGUGUCAUGGCGUCUGCUCCAGGAGACGCUGGUCAGCGGGCGCCUGCAGGUACCCCUGGACUCUGUCCAAGCCCUGGAUGUGGCCAUGCGCCACCUGGCCUCCAUGAGGUACACUCCGGUGGGACGAUCAUUCUUCUCCCCACCUGAAGGAUACUACCAUCCCCUGGGUGGGGGGAGGGAAGUGUGGUUUGGCUUCCACCAGUCUGUGCGCCCCGCCAUGUGGAAGAUGAUGCUAAAUAUUGAUGUGUCUGCCACGGCCUUCUACAAAGCCCAGCCGGUGAUCGAAUUCAUGUGCGAAGUCCUGGACAUCCGCAACAUAGACGAGCAGCCCAAGACCCUGACCGACUCGCAGAGGGUCCGCUUCACCAAGGAGAUCAAAGGUGGGCCGUUGAACAGUGAUCGGUGGGCGUUACCAGGUCUGAAGGUGGAGGUGACUCACUGCGGUCAGAUGAAGAGGAAGUACCGCGUCUGCAACGUCACGCGACGCCCCGCCAGCCACCAGACGUUUCCCCUGCAGCUUGAGAGCGGACAGACGGUAGAAUGUACGGUGGCCCAGUACUUCAAGCAGAAGUACAAUCUGCAGCUCAAGUAUCCCCACCUGCCCUGCCUCCAGGUGGGCCAGGAGCAGAAGCACACCUACCUGCCCCUGGAGGUGUGUAACAUAGUAGCAGGGCAGCGCUGCAUCAAGAAACUGACAGAUAAUCAGACGUCCACUAUGAUCAAAGCCACGGCUCGCUCUGCACCUGACAGACAGGAGGAGAUCAGCCGGCUGAUGAAAAAUGCCAACUUUAACCUGGACCCGUACAUCCAGGAGUUUGGGAUCAAGGUGAAGGAUGAGAUGGCGGAGGUGACGGGAAGGGUGCUGCCUGCCCCCAUCCUACAGUAUGGAGGACGGCUUUUGUCUCCCACCUGUUCCACCUCACAGAACCGGGCCAUCGCCACGCCCAACCAGGGGGUGUGGGACAUGAGGGGAAAGCAGUUCUACAACGGCAUUGAGAUCAAGGUGUGGGCCAUCGCCUGCUUCGCCCCCCAGAAACAGUGUCGCGAGGAGGUGCUCAAGAACUUCACAGACCAGCUGCGUAAGAUCUCCAAAGAUGCUGGGAUGCCCAUCCAGGGCCAGCCGUGUUUCUGUAAAUACGCCCAGGGAGCCGACAGUGUGGAGCCCAUGUUCAGGCACCUGAAGAACACCUACUCUGGACUGCAGCUCAUCAUCGUCAUCCUGCCCGGAAAGACCCCUGUCUACGCGGAGGUGAAGAGGGUGGGAGAUACUCUCCUAGGAAUGGCCACUCAGUGUGUCCAGGUGAAGAACGUGGUGAAGACGUCCCCCCAGACCCUCUCCAACCUCUGCCUCAAGAUCAAUGUCAAGCUGGGGGGAAUCAACAAUAUCCUGGUGCCCCACCAACGGUCAGCAGUGUUCCAGGAGCCUGUCAUCUUCUUGGGGGCCGACGUAACACACCCCCCUGCUGGAGACGGGAAGAAGCCCUCCAUUACCGCUGUGGUAGGCAGUAUGGACGCCCACCCCAGCAGGUACUGUGCCACAGUCCGGGUCCAGAGGCCCAGGCAGGAGAUUAUCGAAGACCUUUCUUACAUGGUGCGAGAACUGCUGAUCCAGUUCUACAAGUCGACCCGCUUCAAGCCCACCAGGAUCAUCUUCUACAGGGACGGAGUGCCUGAGGGCCAGCUGCCACAGAUACUCCACUACGAGCUUCUGGCCAUCAGGGAUGCGUGCAUCAAGCUGGAGAAGGACUACCAGCCUGGUAUCACCUACAUCGUGGUCCAGAAGCGCCACCACACACGCCUCUUCUGUGCCGACAAGUCUGAGAGAAUCGGGAAGAGUGGUAACAUUCCUGCAGGGACCACAGUGGACACCAGCAUCACUCACCCGUUUGAGUUUGACUUCUACCUUUGCAGUCACGCGGGUAUACAGGGGACUAGUCGGCCCUCACAUUACUACGUCCUGUGGGAUGACAAUCGUUUCACCGCCGACGAGCUGCAAAUCCUCACUUACCAGCUGUGCCACACCUACGUGCGCUGUACCCGCUCUGUCUCCAUCCCAGCGCCAGCCUACUACGCCCGCCUCGUGGCCUUCCGUGCCCGCUACCAUCUGGUGGACAAGGAGCACGACAGUAGUGGGGAGGGGAGCCAUGUCUCUGGUCAGAGUAACGGUCGGGACCCCCAGGCUCUGGCCAAGGCGGUGCAGAUUCACCACGACACGCUGAGGACCAUGUACUUCGCCUGAGCACCACCAUCACCGCCACCACCACUGUCCUUAAGACUCACCAUCCCUCGGUGAGGGGCUUGGGAGCCCACAGGAAGCCUUCCAUCUCUCCUCCUCCCUCCAUGGCUGUGUUCACCCACACACUCCACAUACCCUCUCUUGACUGACCCACCACAGCCAAACCAUCCCAGUACCAGAAGUAUACACCCCUCACCUGAUCAACCCAGACAGACUCUGCAGCGUCCUGCACAACGGUUAUUAUUAUCAUUAUUGAUAUGUUUGUUUUUAUUUACUUUACCAGGACUAUGUGUUUUGAUGUUGACUUAAAAAAAAAAGGGUAUUAUUGUAUUGUAUGCGACCUUCCACACUCCUAUGUAUGCAAUACGGAGGGGAGGAAAACAGGCGCUGAGCUGCCCCGAGACUUUUGACUGCCACCACAAUGCUGCCUCUUACCUAUCCGCACAGCGGAUGCCAGUGUUCUGUUCCAAGCCCCUGGUACAACAGGAGUCAUGGGACCCCCGGGCGGGGCGGGGGGAAGGGUGACGACAAGGACACACUUAUUAACUUUUUAUCAUGAACUCCAUUCUUCUGUUGCCGUUCUCUUUUUCUCUCUUUUUUUUUUUUUUUUUUUGGCCUUGAUGCGUGCAACGGGACAUAUGGUACAUAAGCACUUAGAGAUUAGCAUGUAGUCAACGCCACCCACCCUGCACCUAUAUGAAGUGUCUAUGUCUGUGUGAGACUAGCCCUCUGCUCUUAAUUGUGGGAAUAGAGGAGAAAUACAAAGGGCAGGUGUAGCAUGUCGUAGAUACAUUAGACUAAGUCCUUCUUCACUGUAUCUGUGCAGGUUGGGAGUCUCCUCUUAGAAUUAGCCAGUAGAGAGAGGGCAAUGUAGAAGUUAGAGGGACCAUUGCAUUGAGUGUAUUGAAUAUACUUCAAUAUACUCACACCCCAUGUACCUAAACCAGCAUUAUUAUUAUCAACCAGCCUAAUGUGAUGCCUACCAAUGGAAAAGGGGCACCUAUGUAAACAGGAAGAAGAUAAUCUUUGUGUCAGAAUGCAUUUACUCUGCGGAGGAAUUACGAGGCACUUUCUUUGGUUUAUGUUACUUAAGAUUGGGGAGAUUUGUCUUCCCUCAGGCUUCACACACAGGCCUAACCCCCCCCCCCACAUAAUGCAUGUUCUCACACCUACAACCUCUCUAAGCUCGCUGAACCAAUAGAGUAACAGUAGCAAUACAAGGUCUUCAUCUUUUCUUUGUAGGUGUGAAAGCAGCAAAAAAGACAUGGGCCAGAACACACAAUGAAGUGUUUCUCCCUCACUUUUAGCACUUGACCAUGGCUAUAUGAUCAUUUUACACAUUCUAGGUACACAUUCCAACCUAUGUCAAUGGAGAUGACAUGCACCCAUCCAUACUGUACCACACACAGCGUCUCUUUAUUUUGUAAAUAGCUUGUCCUUCCUACAGACAUCGACCACAGCAUUGUCAACACAAGCACACUCAUGCCUCCUCACAUUCUCCUACUGAGUGUGUACCGAGCCGCCUCCACGCAUGCACUUGCCCCCUUAAAACCCCACAUGAAUACUUGCCCCCUCCUUCCAACACCACCACCCAUUUUUUUUCCCCCAGCCAUACCCCGCUCAACCCUCUGCUUCAGCUCCCCUCCUCCCAGCCUAGUGUAUGAUUCCCCAUUGGUGCGCUGUGUGCAUGGACAACACAGAUAGGGGUUUGCUACAUAGGUUAUUGGGGGGUACUUACUCAAUAUGCCCUGCCUUCACUUCUGAUCACUUUCUGACUUUAUGAAACGCAUGUAACACAUUUUUAUUAUGACUGGAUAUUCUGAGCCACCUUAGUUUUCCUAGAGAUAGGAGCUUAAUACGCUCACUUUUGCCUUUCAGUCAUUGCCUCAUUUGUGUAAAACGGUGAACUGAAAGGCUGCUUUUUGUUUUCUGUAUUGUGUUGAGUAGUGUCAGUGUAUCCUCAAGGGGGUACUAUGCGAAAAGUAGUCUGGCGACUUUCACUUCUUGGCCUUCAAGCGCCUCCAAACAUGUCUGAGGGGUUGUAGAGCCCCUUUAUGUUGGAAGGGAAUGACGAUAGAGAUUUAAUGAUAUGCCAUUUUUGGGGGAAUUCAUGUUUAUGAACUUAGGCAAUCAAAAUGCUUUUGUUCACCAUUUUACUGACCCCACGUGUCCAAGGUAAUUUGUAUAUAACCUGUAAUGAAUUUGGGCUCAUCAAUGUAGCGGGGCCUUUUUAGUUGGGGUUAGUCGUCGUCCCCAGCCCCUCUGUGUUCAAAUUCAGCUUGGGUAAGCUCAGCGCCACUGAUGCAGUUCUUAUCUUCACUCUGGGAAAAGCAUCAUGAUGAGGGGACAAGUGAAUCCGCUCCACACUGACUAAGCAAUAUAAAAGCCACUGAUCAAGAACAGUCGUUGUCAUAGCACUUCCCAAUAGGUUGAAUGAAAGGAAAUGGAAGCAACUUAUUUUGGCUCUGUAUGAUGUAAUAGUAUGGGGACUCUGUUGGGGAGGGCUAUUUUUUAAAGAAAAUACAUUUGUUUUUUAUUA